UUUCCAUCCAUGAGUAGAAAGACCGAGAACGCGCCAGAAUUUCGAGACGAUCACAAAACUCGAGACAUCGGUCUACGAUAUGCAUUUUACAGAUCGGGAGAGCAACGCGUUGUAAAAUCAAGCAGGCAUCCAAUUUCAAAAUGCCGACGUCAGGAUCGUCCAAGGAGGUUGUUCCAAAAGCAAUGGGCCCCGAUGUCCGGUCCACAGCUGUGGUCAAGUAUACGAGUGUGGCCACGUCCCCAACAUUCUCCAGAUUGCAACUCAAUACCAACCUCAAUGUCCCGCCCUCAAACUGGCUCCGAAGCAGCUCCGUUCUGGAACAGUUUUUCCGAGACUUUCCACGUAAACGAGAACACCCAGAGUUUUCAAGUUUCAACAUGGCCAACAACUUCCCUGACCUGACUGGAGAAGUUGAUGUCGUCACUGACGCUGAGAACAUCAAGAAGCUACUCAAGAUCCCGUUCUGCAAGUCGUCCCACAUCAGCAUGAUGGUGCACCGCAUCAGCAACACUCUGCUCCUGGACGAGUUCGACAUACACAAACACUUGCUCAGGAAAGAACAGGAAGAAUGGAGCUGGUUGCGUCAUUUCUUUUAUGAAAGUGUUGCUAAAGACAUGGAAGGAAAGAUGAAAUGUGUGCCCAGGAAAAGUAAAAGUCGUAACACCCUUCAGAACAGAAGCAUGUACUCCAAGUUUCUGUAUCACAGUUUGUCGGCCAGUGCCUGUGAAGAUAACCCCGUGUCGGGUGUGUCGGUCAACGAACUCAUCCCACAGAAUCAGAGUGUGUCAAUCCCCAAUGCCAGCUCUGUCACCAAGAAAACGGCGCCAAGCACAGAAGAGCAAGCAGUCAUACCUGAUCCUCUCCCCAAGCCAGAGGGGAGUGGAUAUCACCGGGAGGUGUACUGGACAUUCGAGGAUAUCCACAUGCUUAUCGGGACCGAUCUGCCCAUCUUCGGGGGUGGCACGCAUCCCUGUGUCAGUCUCAAACUCAGGGACUCGGCCACGCCCAUCAAUGUGCUGACCGGGCUUGACUGCUGGCUGGACAACCUCAUGUGCAAUGUGCCGGAGGUCGCCAUGUGCUUCCAUCUCAACGGAAUCGUGCAGAAAUACGAGCUGAUAAAGACAGAGGACAUCCCCUUGCUGGAGGACUGCAAGUUUGACCCCCUGUUGGUGACCGGCAUUGCCAGGAAUCUGCUGUCCUUUCUGAAAUCUAAUGCCACAAAAGAGGGCCACACUUACUGGCUGUAUAAAAAUGUGGACGAUGACGUAGUGAAGUUGUACGACCUGACUGUUCUAUGCGGAGAUGAGAUCAAGGAAGACACCAACCCGUUUGUUGUCCCUGUCGGCAUCCUGCUGUACCGAGUUGCACGCAACCUGCGACAAACUGGCGGCAAGAUGAAAACUGCCACCAUCCGAACCCUCCUGGAAAAUUGUCUGCUGCUGCUGAAUGAAGAACAACAUUCACAGGUCUGCACAUCGGCCAACUAUCUCCUGUCUGAUUUGUUUGUGCCGGACAGCUCCGUGAGAGACGUCUGGUGUCACGAGGAGAACAAUGAUUCGGAUGAGGAAACAGAGGAGUCAGGCACGACAUCAGACGAGGAAAGCGAGGUGAAGACCGAAAUAUCCCUGGGGCUGAAUGAUCUGUGUAGGAUAGACCGCACUGUGCGCCGUGCCUGGCGAGUUCCUCGUACACAUGCUAUCGCAGGCACAGUGGAAGAACGGUGUCGAGAUGGACUCAGCUAUAUUAGGAAGGGCCUGGACUGCCUCGGCAAGGAUCUGUCCAAUCUCAAAACCAAGGAACCACACAAAAGUAGCAGCAUCGUGGAGGAGCAGGCCACAUGCAACCAGAGUGAGGCCAUUCCACUUCACUACGAACCGCUGAGCAAAAGAGAAGAGAAAAGAAACAGUCUUCAGGUGACCAUUGCCAUGCCGACAGACACCAAGGCAUCUUGGCACCAGCUGUCCAAGUCUCUGCUACUGAGGAAGGGCGCCAUGGCCUACUAUGCCCUAGCCAAGGAACACAUGUCAGUUAAGAAGUAUGGACAUGCGCUCAAGCAUGUGAGAUUCGCAUUACACUGCCUUGAUGCGAUGAAGAAGCUGGUGCCCAGCAAGGAGGGGGAGAACCGCGAGCUGCUGAUGCUGAUCCUGGAGCUGGCGGGGGACAUCCAUCUCCUCAUCAGCCACAUCAGUCGGGGCUUCGAGGAACACAAGAGAGACUACGGGGAUAUGUCGGAGGAGGAGGCAGUGGUGCUGGAUGCUGCGCAGAACGUCAUUCCUAACCCAGAGUACUCGUGGGUGUACACGUGGACGUUGAGCAUGGAGCAGAACCUGGUACACAGCAGCCGCUGCUACGAGCUGGCCUACCAGAUAGGGACCAAGGUCAAGUGUAGUAAGGACACACGGGUCAGUCUGUCCAAGCGUCAUGGCAACUCCCUCAACGAGCUGGGUGUGUGGUACAUGAACCAAGCCCAGGUGUUCUUGCAGUCAGGUGCCAUUGAACCAUCCGACAAGAUGAAGGAAUUGUGGGAGAAGAGUCAGACGUGUUUCACGUCGGGGAUCCUCGCGUUCUCCAACAUCCAUGACAAGGCGAACCAGGCCCUGCUGCUGUCCAACAGCGGCCGACUGAUGCGUCUGUGUGCCCAGUGCUACACUCAACAAGCCAUGCAGCAGGCCCGCCCAGAGUUCAGCCUGCAGGAGAAACACUACUACUCCAAGGCAGUGGACUAUUAUCAGAAUGCUCUAAUCGUCCUUGGCCCAGGGGAGAGAACUCCCAAUGAACUCCGGGACAUCCGAGAAGCAGUGAAGUGGGACUUGUCCACCACAUACUUCAACAUGGCCAUGCUGCUACAAGACUACCCCCCACACUCGAGUCAGACUCAGGAGGAGGUUGAGAAGAGUGUGACAGAGCUGAUGAAUAAAUCCCUCAAGUACUGUGUUCCUAACAACAAGUCAGACACAAAUCAGCUUGUACAACAGUUCCGAGCUGCAACCAUCAACCACCGACUGGCCUCGCUGUACCACCACUCCUACAUAUCCCAGACAAAUGACCAGAAGAAGCGCCACCUACGUCAGUUGGCAGAUAACCACUACGACCGAGCGUUCCGGCUGUUCCAGCAAGCCGAGUCCCACACAGAACUGCUGCGCGUGCAGCUGGAGAGGGUCGCCAUGUUGGAGGCUGCUCUGCAAGGCCAGUCAGUAGCCAAGUCUCGUCUCCGCUCCAUCAGUGCUAUCUCUGGGCUGCUGGGGUCCUGUGCUGCCUCGGUCAAUGUGCUGGCCACUCCAACGGAGGAGGCUCUGGACCAGGGGGAGAAGUCCGAGGAGGAUAGUCUGAGCAUCAUCCUGGAGUCCCGGAUACAGUUUGUUUUUCUACAACUCGUCAAAUGCUACAGCUCCGGGAUCAAGAGCAAGACAGACAUGAUGAGCAGGUUAAAAGCAGCCUAUGCAAGGAGCCUUCAGAAGGUUGACAAGCAAAAGUGUCUUCGAUCUCGAUGGGCCUGGAUUAGAACACUCCUGUGUGAUCUGCAGAAUCUUCAUGACAGCAUUACCAAAGAUACAACAUGACGUACAACAGAAUACAUCAAGUGUACAUGCUCCUGUAUGAUCUGAAGUCUUCAUGACAGCAUUGAUUUUAUACCAAGGAUACAACAUGGCAUUCAGUGUAGGGCAGGGACGAGUCCCAACAAACUACCCGGGUACCCAACCCCCUAUUGCCCGACCCUACCCGGGUACCCACUGUAGGUCUCAAGAGUGGGGAACACAAUGUCUAAUUGGGAAUAGUUUAACUGUAGCCCUGGCAAAAACUGUUCAGAUACAUGUAUGAAACCAGAGACCAUAUAAUAGAUAUAUGGUCUCUUAUGAAACGAUCAAAUCAUGCGUACACUGAAGUUGAAUGAAGCUUUAUCUUUAUUCAAACAUAUACAAGUCAAAAGGAAUGUGUGCAUCAUCAUAAAGAAAUGGCAACAUUAGCGACUUGUAGUGUAACCACUGAGCUCUAGUGAGUUUUUGGCAUUAAACAAUAUGUCUCGUGACUAACCUCCGGGUAAACUGUGGGUACCCGGGUCCUACUCAGUACCCACCCGACCCGAGUACCCGAGUUACCCGUCCCAGCCCAUAAUUCAAUGGUGUACAACAGGCAACUAACAAGUACAACAUCAUCAGUCUACUGAAGCCUGCAUAGUGAAUGGGAGCUGUUUGUGAAAUGGUUUGGAUUGACAAAUUUCCAGAUUAAUGCAUCUUUGGAACUGAUGUCAAUUUGCAAGCUCUCCUAGCUGUAAUUGUCCAUUAGGCAGGGUGUCCAUAUUAACAGGAUCCAGGCCAACGAAGUUCUGCUGUACACCUUUUGACAGCAUCAGUGGAUUGUGGGUUCAAAUCCAGUUUCAUCCUGAUUAUGUUUCUAGGUUUGUCAGCACCCUACACUUGCCCGUGGGUUUCACCAAAGUGGUAAAAUGUCUGAGACCUGCAUCACAUCAGCUUUC